ACGCAUGCGCACCAGCACCCCGAGUCUUAGAUCCCGGAAGUGUUUUGAGCUGCGCACGCGCGUUUUGAGCUUCGGGCGCUUUUUUUGAAGCCAGAACUGGAAGCGAUGCUAUGUGCUGUUCAUGGAAGGGGAAGGAACUGCUAAUUUGAGUGAGGAUUCUUUGGCUAGCCUCACUGCUGAGGACGUCCUUAUCGGCUCCACCAGCAUCCACAUGAAAAAAAAGCCCCUUGACGCUCAGACAGGAGCACCUGCUGACAGCAAAGGUGCUCCCUGCGGUAGGAAAAAGGUGUCCAUUUCAGUGAAGAAGCUUCGGGAGGUUCCUCCUCCUCAUUUGCCAGGGACUUUGACAUUGACUAAGGAUGGCACAGCUUAUAUUCCACCAGCAUUGUUGGGAAACAAACCUAUGUUUCAUAAAGCGUCAACCUCAACUUCUGCAGGAGACGUACAGGGGGAUCUGAACCAAAGCACGGACAGAUAUUCAGAGCAGCUGCCAUCACCUGAAAAAGAUGGACAGCCUUCGCAGGUACCUUCAGAGGCUUACUCUCAGGAAGCUGCAGGAAAUGUUCCUUCGCAAGUGAGAGAGGAUUCGAGUAAACAAAAAGGAGCUGAUAUUUUUAUCUCCCAGUAUGAUGCCGGUCAGAAGGAGGCAGUAAGAGCCGUGUUCAAGCAGCGAAUUCAGAAUGCUCCUGUGUUUAAAGAAGUGAAGGUGCAGCUUCUAGAUCAUGCAUGUCCAGACAAAAAGGACAGCACCAGGUCAACCCAAAGCGAAGUGGAUUCAGUUACAACCAUUGCAGCUGCCACGGCGGCAGCUAUUGCUUCGACGGCACCACUUCUCAAAGUCCAGAGUGACUUGGAAGCAAAAGUGAGUUCUGUUUCUGAAGUCCUUAAUAAGUUACACGAGACGGACCGGCGGCUGCAGCGUGUAGUAGAGCAGCGACACCUCGAGGGGCCCCCUUGCCAUCCAAAGGCCUGCCAGCUUGACAAGCAGAUGAAUCUGUUUAUGGAGCAGCGAAUUCGCCAUCUUGAAACCUUACAGCAGCAGCAAAUGAAUAUCCAGUCCCAUUUAAUUAGCUCUGCGCUGAACUCGGGUGGCGUCAAAACUGUCAGCACAGCAUCCUCCACAGAACCAACAAAACACGCCAUGAAGGCAGGAAGGUCACUGGGUAGUCAAACGUCGCCUCCUCAGAAAGAUUUAUUUCCUUCCAGUGCAACGCAUGCGGAAGCCUCUUCACGGCAUUUUGGAAGCCACGGUGUUCCCAUGCAGAAGUCCCCACUGAAGACCCCAGCGCCUCGGAAAUACGCUCCAGUACCCGUAGCUAAAGAUGUCAAGAUCUCACAGAAAUUGUCUAAGAGAGAACAACCUACUGGAGAAAAGGAAAACAUUUGUCAGCUGCCUUGUGGAGGAAUUCUAGGGGGUGGAAACCUUCUGGAGCAAAUCUUGAAUUCCCAAGAAACUCUGUUAAGUGGGGAGACAUCUUCAAGGAAGGAUCCGGCAAACAGCAAUGCAGUACCACGAAAUUUUGGAAGACAAUACAGAUCCAGCCUUUUCCAGACGGAGCCCUUCCACGCCUUUGAAAACACAAAUCAGAAUCUCAAUCCGGUUGAGAGGACAGUUCAGAAAGCAGACGAGGUGCUUCGAGAUCUUGGACAGCUGAAGAGGGAAAUGUGUGGCAUACUGCAGGAUGCAAAGGAGUGGAAAUCGGACAUGAAUAGUUUUAUAAAGACUACCUCGCAUGUCAGGAAACCUGCGCAAGUGGAGGAUCGCCUACCGCUGUCUCUGCCUGCCCAUCCGUUGAGGUCAUCAUCCGAUGCUCUUAACCAUGUGCCCUCAAAAACAGAGCAGAAAGACCCUGCGGCUCCCAGUCUUUCUGAACUUCAGCAGCUUUCCAAGUCCUCUGUUCUGAAGUCAACCAAAGCAUCCAGAUCCAUCUUGCGGGAGGCUGAGAAGAUCCUGAGAGCUGUGCGCAAGAAUAAGAAGCUCCUCGAAGAGAAUUUGGAAGCUAUUAUUCGCGCCAAAGAUGGCAACGCCUUGCAUGUCUUCAUAGAUGAGCUGACAGCAGACAGAGACGUCCUGGAGGAGAUUCGAAUCCGAAAGACGGUGGAUGAGUGGAUUAAGACCAUCAGCUUAGAAAUCCAGGAUGAAAUAGCCAGGGAGGACUGGCUCAAGACUCACCCCGUCGCUAAGACGGUAAAGCCCAGCAGAGAACCAAACGGAAGACCUCCGUAUUCAUUGGGAAUCCCGACGAGGAGACUUCUGCCUGCUGCCAGGUCCCCUCGAAAACUGUUGGAUAAGGGCCCUUUGAAAAAAAGGACAGAGGUUCAAAAGGAAGACUGUCUUUCUCAGGUGUACGGCCGGCCGAUCUACCAGGGUCAUAGGAGCACCCUUAAAAAAUCGCCGUACCUGAGGUUCAGUUCGCCCCCUCCCAAGGCAAAGCCUCUGCGACCUAAACUGAUAGAAAGUGUUCGAGGUACAAAAGUAAAAUCAACAAGGACACAAACCGGCCCCUCUGUCUGUCCUGAGAAGCCGCCUACAGGAUCUGCUCCUCAUCAAGAACUCCAGUAUCUCUUCAGCCCCAUCAAAGAGACAUCCAGUGCCUUCGGUCCUCUUGAAGGGCAUCUCAUCCCAAUGGCAAUUCCACUAGGUCAAAAACGGAUCAGCAGUCUCUCCCCUCCGUUUGGCGGAAGAAGUCUGGGGGAAUUCCAUCCUGUUACCGUGACAGUCUCUCUUCCUCCUCCUCCUCCUUCUCCUCCACAAAAGCCACAGCCGAAGAUAACAAAGCCCAACAUUGCCGUAAUAGAGAUGAAAUCAGAGAAGAAGGACCCUCCUCAGCUUACUGUGCAGGUGCUGCCGAGCGUUGAUAUUGACAGCGUUUCGAGUGACAGCGCAGCAUCGAAUCACAUUCCAUUAGCACACUUCCCUCCAACGACCAUGCUCCAGGCCAGUCCAGAGGAGAGUCUGCUCCAGGACGAUGAAGAGCUGAAACUUCCUGGGGCUGACUUUGUGGAUGUGACUGAUGUCGCUCAGAGUCAAGAAGAUGAUGAUGGAAUACCAGACUUCUCAGAACCAGUCCUGGAAUUCAACAGGCAGCAAGAAAGAGAGUCUCCAAAAUAUAACGGACCUCCUUUCCCACCAGCAGCUCCUGCCCCUCAGCUCUCAGCAGACAUUCUAGAUGAGAUAAUUGAAAAACGGGAGACCCUGGAAAACAAACUGAUUGGCUGGGUGGAGCAAGAAGUAAUGGCACGCAUCAUCAGCGAGAUGUACCCCACUCAGAAGGAGGCAGUGCCCGACAGAAGCUUGUCGGAAAGCGAGGAGAGCCAGGCUGCCUCUUCGGACAUCGUUGAAGCUGCAGGUGCCAGCGGUUUCCAGCUGUUUGUCGACGCCGGCGUCCCAGUGGAUUCAGAAAUGAUUCGACAUUUUGUAAACGAGGCACUGGCUGAGACAAUUGCCAUCAUGCUGGGUGACCGAGAAGGCCAGAAAGCAGCUCCUCCUGCUACGGCCCUUCCUUCAACAAUGCCAGAAAAGGAAACCACAGUAUCGACUCCCGUGGUCACCCCCGAAGCCACACCGCCUCAGUCACCCCCGCCCUUGAAAGAACCGCUUGGGGUAAAAACGCCCGAGUCUUCCCUGUCAGCUAAUGAAAUGGACGGCGGCAUUGACGAACAGCAGCUAACAGCAGCAGGAGGAUCUCAGGCAGCCGUUGUGAGCCCAGUGGCCACACCUUUGGCUACCCCUGCGGCCACCCCACCCAGGGCAGCUACACCAAGCUCUGCUCUGUCUGAGCAGCCUCCAAGCGCAAGGCCCAAACCUCCAGAUGCCUGGGGAGAUGCAGAGCUUCCCCUGGAUGAGGAGAAACCCAGUCCACAGAGUGAAGAAGGAGGCUAUCACCCAAGGGCUGUUGUAAUGUCUGUGGCUGAACACGAAGAACCGGACAGCUUGGUUUGGCCAGCUUCCGGGAUGACCGAGCCCCACGAUCUGCAGCCUCAGGAGCCACCCAAGGCUCCCUCCCUUUCAGUCCACACCCCCAGUUCUGCCCCGUCCACCGAGGAGAGUAGCCUGAGUACCACGGAAACGGAGACGGCAGACCGACCGAUCUCAGAAGGAGAGGUUUUGUACAGCUACGGACAACUGCUGGCUGCAAAAGCUUUUGCAGAGGGAGAACUCUGUCUUCCACACAUCAGUGACAGUUUGGCGAGCUCUCUGCGUGACGUACGCGAAAUGGAUUACGAUCCUCCCAGUGAGGGGCAAGUUCUGCACCAACCCCACAGAGGGUACCAUCGGGAUCCCGUCCUCUCCCUCUUUUCGAAACUGAAUCCAGCCCCUUUGGCUUCCCAGGAAGAGAUCUGUGGAUCAGAGUACAUGGACAACAGCACGGGGGAGCUCAGCGAGGGGCAGAGGCCGAGGCUGACGAAAGCUGCAGAAAGUAUCCUGCUGGGCCGCUCGGUUUACAUGGGCCAAGCUGCCGAUCCGACGUCUAGACGCCCGACUCAACGAACAGCAUCACCAGGACAAUGUGACGGAGAUGCAGGAGAAGUUCUUGGAGAUGCUGAUGUGAGCUGUGGGCCAAUGAGCAUGGCUGAACUGGACCAACCUGUUUCUCCAACAGCUUAUGAAGAAAGCAAACUGGCUUCUUAUCCUGGCAACACAACUCUGAAAAAGCACCAAGAGACACUGCAGGCAGGACCAGUGAAAUCCAGAGUCAUCUGCGUGAAGCCGAAAUCUGAAGUUGCAGAACAGCAAGAUUUUCCAAGAGAUACAGAUCGGACGCAGAUUGAGCCCAGCAUGUAUCUUACGUCGCUUCUUUCAGGGGGAGAAGCCAAGCCCCAUUUACGCUCCCUUCCCGCGCCUGUCAAGGUACCAUCUGCUGAUAUAGACGACGAGAUUCAGAGCUUCAGUUCUUUCCAUGGGAGUUCGGGCUCAUCUGGAGCAGAUACGCUGUGAGUCCUGCCUCCACGUCCCAGCCCACAAAACCGUAGGCGGCAAGAGAAAGAGUGGGAACAGCUGGAAAUAAUGUAGCUAUCGGCAACAUUUGGACAUCAAAUCCUCGUCCUAAAGUUUUUAAUAUACCACUGUGUGUUUGUGUGUGUGUGACUUGCAUGUGAAUA